AAAUUUCUAUUUUAAGAUCCCAUGGUUUUUUUUCCAUCUUAUACUUUGUCGGGGAUUUAUUAUUAAGUGAUGAUGACUGCUUGUCAAAAUUUGUGUUGCACGUACAUUUCAGGAUCCUUCUCAAUUAUGUAAUUAGCAGGUCUUUGGUUAAUCUAAGUCUUUGAAUUCAUUGAUGGAGAGCCCAAACACAUGGCUAAUUAAAGACCAGCCUGGAGAAACAUUGUAUUUUAACAGGAGGAAUAGAGCUUUACUCAACCCAGUGAGUGAUCUUAUUUUGGAAUAAUUAGCCCUGUCACAUCGAAUUGAUGAUAAUCUGUUGAGUGAUAGUGAACUCAGCUGACCAUUGCUAGCGAGACAAAAGCCUGUCAUCAAAAUGCAGAAGCCAAGUUGUUUUCGUCUCUUUCACAUGGAGCAGCCCAUUUUCACGACCAGGGCACAUGUAUUCCAGAUCGAUCCAACCACCAAGAAGAACUGGCUUCCUUCCAGCAAGCAAGCCGUGACAGUUUCCUUCUUCUUCGACAGCACCCGUGACAGCUACAGGAUAAUCAGUGUAGAUGGAUCCAAGGCAAUUAUUAACAGCACUAUUUCAUCCAACAUGGCAUUCACCAAGACGUCGCAGAAGUUUGGGCAGUGGGCCGAUACGAGAGCAAACACUGUCUAUGGGCUGGGCUUUGGCUCGGAGACAGAUCUCAAUAAGUUCAUAGAAGAAUUUGAGAGAGUGAAGGAAGCGGCAUUAGAAAUCACAUCAGAGCCCACUAAGAAAGGCAUUGAUUCCACCCCCAUCCAGAAUGGAACGACCAAGAUCACCAAUAAUGAAAUCAAUCAUGCUAAGCAAAACUCUGGUGAUUCAACAGGUUCAAUCUCCAACUCAGUACACAUUAUGGCAUCCUCCGAUGCACAGCUCAAAUAUGAAAAUGAUAGACUGAAAAUAGCAUUGGCUCAAAGUUCAAAUAAUGCUAAAAAGUGGGAGUUGGAGCUUCAGACGUUAAAGAAUAACAAUGCUAGAUUGACCACAGCCCUUCAAGAGAGUACUUCUAACGUUGAAGAGUGGAAGAGACAAUUAUCAGCUUACAAAGAAGAGAAUGUCAGAUUAAAGAAAAAGAUGAAGGAGAUGGAAGCAACGGUUGAACCUGAGGCUCAGAAUGGACACAGUGAUACUGUAGAACUUGAAAACAGGUUACAAGAACUCACACUGGCUCAUAAAAACAAAGAACAGGAAGUAGAGAACUUAUCCAGGAGGCUUGAAGAAGUUUCAGGUUUGACAGAAGAGAAUACAAGAUUGUCAGCAGAACUUGAGAAAACUACUUCCAAUGUAGAUGCUCUCACCAGUCGUCUCACUGAUCUUGAAGAUAAGCUUCAACAAGAGAGAACCGCAAGGGAAGAGAACAGCACACAGUUGACGACCCUGCACGAAAAGCUUGGUAGUACUUUAGAACAGCUCGCUUCAUUACAUAUCCAUCUCGGAAAGUCAUUAAAUCCAUGAUGCCCAUAGCUGCAACAAGAUUUUGGUCAUUUCGACCUAUGGAUGUAUACAAGGACUAAACAUUUCCAUCCCACUUUUUAAUUGGACGCCAACAGCGCUAAACAACAUUGCAAUAAUUCAACAUUCUUUCACUUGUAUUGAAUAUGGAUCUUGGAAAAAAACAACCAAGCUUCUUCAAGGAUGUUUUAGAAUGUGAAGCUGCAGACUACGUGUUGCCCUGUAACACUAAACCUGGAAAUUGAUGUUACGGUUUAUGUUUGCCAUUGUAUGCGUACAGCAAUCAAAUGCAAUCAGUCGUAAGAUUCAGCCUUACGAUCAGUCAAUAUGCACUGUACUUCAGGGUCUUGGUUAGCUUGUGGCGUGGACACAAAUGUGGUUGUAAUGUAAUGCAGAAGAAUAAAGCUGUAUCUUAAAAAAAAAAAGCAUCAUGUGCAUGCAGGCAUACUUUGAGCAAUCUUUA